ACUCACUACGUACCCCCCGAAGGUGGCCCCCCUUCCUCCCCGUCAUGCACCGGGGCAUGACUGAGGAAAGAUGGCGGAAGGAGGAGCGGCCGAUCUGGAAACCCAGAGAGGAGAGGUCGCGGCACUCAUGAAAACGCAACUAAAAAAAGGAGACACUUGGUACCUGGUAGACAGUCACUGGUUCAAAAAGUGGAAGAAAUAUGUGGGAUUUGACAGCUGGGACAAAUAUCAGAUGGGGGACCAGAAUGUCUACCCCGGGCCAGUUGAUAACGCUGGUCUUCUCAGAGAUAGAGAUGUUUUGGCCAUUAAGGAACACCUGAUUGAUGAGCUGGACUACAUCCUGGUGCCGACAGACGGCUGGAAUAAGUUGGUCAGCUGGUACGGGCUGGCGGAGGGUUUGGAGCCAAUUGCGCGCAAGGUGGUCGAGCAAGGUAUGUUUGUGAAACACUGCAAGGUUGAGGUGUACCUGACUGAGCUGAAGCUAUGCGAGGACAGCAACAUGGACAAUGUGAUCACAAGGCGCUUUAGCAAGGCUGACACAAUAGACCUAAUAGAAAAGGAGAUGCGGAAACUUUUCAGCAUCCCUGAUGAGAAGGAAACCCGACUUUGGAAUCGGUACAUGAGCAACACCUUUGAGCCUCUCAACAAACCCGACAUCACCAUCCAAGAUGCUGGCCUCUAUCAAGGCCAGGUUCUCGUAAUAGAGCAGAAGAAUGAGGAUGGCACAUGGCCCCGAGGCGCAGACGCACCCAAGUCAUCUGGUGCUUCCAAUCUCUCUGCUUUGCCAAAGAUCUCGCCUUCAUCUCUCACAAACAAUCAUAACAGCAGCUUCAACAGCAGGAAUGUCCAAACCAAGAAUUCAACAUGUUGUGUGAAGAAUUCAAACUAUAGCCUACCUUCUUACCACUCGUACAGUAACAACUAUGACUACUCGGAGCAGAGCAGACAAAGUGAACGUGUGGGUCUCUGCGGACUCUCGAACCUCGGCAAUACCUGCUUCAUGAAUUCUGCUGUGCAGUGUUUAAGUAAUACCCCUCCCCUAACGGACUACUUCCUCAAAGACAAGUACACCAGUGAGCUGAAUGAGGACAACCCACUGGGCAUGAAGGGAGAGAUUGCCAAAGCCUACGCCGAGCUUAUAAAGCAGCUAUGGUCCUGCAAAUACAGCUACGUUACCCCAAGGCCUUUUAAGACGCAGGUGGGCCGCUUUGCCCCUCAAUUCUCAGGCUACCAGCAGCAAGACUCUCAUGAGCUGCUGGCUUUUCUCCUGGAUGGUCUUCAUGAGGAUCUGAACCGGAUCAGGAAGAAGCCUUACAUUCAGCUAAAAGAUGCUAAUGGCCGGCCAGAUAAGGUAGUGGCAGAGGAAGCAUGGGAGAGCCACAUCAAGAGAAACGACUCCAUAAUCGUAGACAUAUUUCAUGGCCUUUUUAAGUCCACCUUGGUGUGUCCUGUGUGCGCCAAGGUCUCUGUGACAUUUGAUCCUUUCUGCUACUUGACGCUGCCUUUGCCCAUGAAGAAGGAGCGCACUCUGGAGGUUUAUCUAGUCAGAUUGGACCCUCUGGCCAAACCCAUACAGUAUAAGCUGACCGUGCCAAAGGUGGGCUACAUCUCGGACUUGUGUACCUCCCUCUCCAUCCUGUCUGAGGUACCUGCGGAGAAGAUGAUCGUAACAGACAUCUACAGCCACCGUUUCCAUCGGAUCUUCGCCACCAAUGACAAUCUCAGCAGCAUCAUGGAGAGAGAUGACAUCUACGUGUUUGAGGUAGCGGUGAACCGGGUGGAGGACACGGACCACGUGGUAAUCCCAGUGCACCUGAGGGAAAAGUAUAAACAGUCGGGAUACAACCACACCAGCACGCCGCUGUUCGGACUGCCUUUCCUCAUCGCAGUCCCCAGGACGCUGAGCGAGGACAAACUCUACAACAUGCUGCUAAUUCGCCUCUGCCGUUUUGUGAGAUCCUCUGUGGAAGAAGAUGAGGAGGAUUGCGAAGAGAGUCAGGCCACCAAACCACACACUGUCAAUGGCAACGCUACUAAUGGCCUACUGGAGGAGGGGUCGCCAAGUGAGAUGGAGACUGACGAACAGGAUGAGGAGUCCAGUCAGGAUCAAGACCUACCCUCAGAGAACGACAACAGCCAGUCAGAGGACUCGGUGGGAGGAGACAACGAGCUGGAGAACGGCAUAGUCGCCCCGCAGAACUCCACCAAAGGCCAGCAGAGCACCACCGGGCACAACAGAAAAAGACUUUUCACAUUCCAGCUCAACAACAUGGGAAAGACAGACUUGUCCCUCAUCAAGGACGACACGCGGCAGAUCCGCUUUGAUGAGGGACACUUACGACUCAGUGACCGUUCCUAUCUUUCUUUGGACUGGGAGCCCGAGAUGAGGAAGAAGUAUUUUGAAGACACAGUUGUUGAGGACUUUGACAAGCAUGAGAGCAUGGAGUACAAGCCUCAGAAGAAGGCUUUCUUUAAGCUAAAGGACUGCAUUGAGCUGUUCACUACAAAGGAGAAGCUGGGAGCCGAGGACCCUUGGUACUGUCCAAACUGUAAGGAGCACCAACAGGCCACCAAGAAACUGGACCUUUGGUGUUUGCCCCCAGUGUUGGUGGUCCAUUUGAAGAGGUUCUCCUACAGUCGCUAUAUGAGGGACAAGCUCGACUCCCUUGUUGACUUCCCACUAAGCAAUUUGGAUAUGUCGGAGUUCCUGAUCAACCCCAACAGCGGGCCUUGUAUUUACGACCUCAUUGCUGUGUCCAACCAUUAUGGCGGCAUGGGGGGAGGCCACUAUACUGCUUACGCUAAGAACACAGAUGAUGGGAAGUGGUACAACUUUGAUGACAGCAGCGUGUCGCCUGCCAGUGAAGAUCAAAUAGUGUCCAAAGCGGGCUACGUACUCUUCUACCAGCGCCAGGACACCCUAAAAGGCACCGGCUACUUUGCUCUCGACUGCGACAAAGAGGAGGAUAACAAGGAGGAGGAAGAUGAGGAAGACGAGGAGGACACUGAAAGGAGACAAAGCGCCUGCUCUUCGUCUCAGGGAGCCGCCUCCUCCGCUGCUAGCGCCGCCACACAAAUCGAGGACCUGAACGAGAACCAGUGCAGGAAGUAUGCCAACAAGCCAGAACAGGAAGAAGAGGUAGAGGAGGAAGAGGAGGAGGUGGUACCCAGUCGAGAUGUCACCAUGAGCGCCAACUGACGGCAGCGAAGGCAUAAACAAUCAGAGCGAGAAAGAGAGAUCUUUCCAUCCAAAGCCAUAUGGACACACAGCAUGGCCAACGGGCGCCAGCAGGCCCAGCCGGGUCGCUCAGACUGGACCGGAGCCAAUGUGGGCGUGGCGUUGAUGGCACGCGGAAAAAUCAGGGCCCUCCCCUUGUGGCUGAAUCACUGUUUGUGUGUGUGUGUGUGUUACAUUUUUGUUUCCAAAAGAUUCUGAGAGCAGUUUGCUUUAACCAUGAAAAUCUUUUAUGUCUCUGAGAGAAAAGUCAUUAUUAUGCUUUUACAGUGUUUAGUCUGUACAUAUUUUAAGCACUGAACAGGAAGCAUUUUGAACUUGCACAAUCACCUACAGUACCAUCCUCCCUUUUUUGCUUUUGUUCUUAUUGCCACGCACUGCAGUGUAGCUCAGAGUCGAAUGUGACGUGACUUCCUCCCAUCAAAGUAAAGGAAGCUGCCUUCUUCAGUGCAGACAUAUUCACUCUGGGUGAUGUUUUUCUAAAAAAAAUUGUUUUUAGUAUAAAAUGCCAAAUUUUUGCUGUGAUCUUGUUUGCAUGAGCUCACAUGCUCCUGUCGUCUAUGGCGCCCUCUGUUGGCCGCGUACACUCCUACACUGAUAAACCGCAUCGAGGGGAGUCUUGCAGCUACUUUUCAACUAAAGGUGAAUUAGUGCAGUGCCAGGAAUAGAUGGAAUGGAGAGGAAUGGUGUGUUACCAUCGUGUGUAGUGAAUUUGUGGUUCGUGACGUCUCAUCUUGUCUGGAUCGCCUCAGCCUUAAUCUUUCUGCAUGGCCUCCUCACACACUUGAAUGUGAACAAUGUCGGAAGAUCUGCUCGUCAUAUCACAGCCACAUAAUCUCCCUGUUUUUUUGUAAGCCACAGGCGGGCCAGAAUGUAUGAUCGUGAUCGAUGCCUUUUCUCCAUUCUUAAUAAGGCCACCUUUGUUUCGCUUUCUCUGCUUGGUUGAAUGUGACGGUCAUGGCUUCUCUAGCCUUUUGACUCCAGCUGGAUGCUGAAUGCUUGUGCUUUGGGGAUGGGGGGGUUUGAGGUCAAGGCCUUUAGGUGAUGAAGUGUUACAGGAUAUUCCUCCGUCAGUGAUGCAUUUAUUCUCCAUGGUGGAGCGCGGCUUUUUGCACCAUGGCUUUUGCCUCUCUCUUUGGCCGACUCCCCCGUUCUCGAAUGAGUGACACGUGACUGCUAUAUUAGACCUGUACCGUACUGUAUAUAAGAGUUCACUCUGUGAGUGCACAUUUGAUAAAGUUUAUUUAUUUAUAUGUCAGCAUUUAAUGAGGAAACAAUAUAUUUAAAGCCUUGACAAGAGUGGGAUUAUUAGGAAUGUUUCGGGGUGGCCUCGUAGACAGCGCUCUUGUCAGGGAGGGAAUAUCUUUUUCUUUCUUUUUUUUUAAUUAAGGAUGUUGUUUUUGGAACUUUUUUUUUGUAAACAAGAAAAAAAUGGCAUCCUUGCAUGAUAGGGGUUUCCAGGUUUUGGCUGCACUUGAGUUCACUUGGGUUUACAUUUGAAAAUGUGCAUGUGUAUUCAUACACAAUCUUCAAUAAAGUUGUGUAAAGCUUUUAA